AUGGCGCUUCAAGUUCCCACGGUCACAGUGGAUGACUUACGCGACUUUCACGCAAAACACUUCCUGCACGCGCUCGCGACCGAGCAUGUUCUUCACGGAGUGCAGGCCGAACCUGCCGAGGAGUAUUGCGAGGAGGAAGAAGGUGGACUAGGUUACUACGAAGACGGCACACCCUGUACCCUCACCGAUGAGCAAAUUGCUAUGUUCAGACAUUCCGAAAUUCAGGCCAUCAUUCGCAAACGUAGACAACAAAGGGACAACGGCGAUGGAUCUGAGGAAGGAGAGGCCGAAGACUCCGUUGCCGAAGCUUCGACGAAAGGCAACUCUCCAGCUUCACAAAGUCACCUCGCCAUGGUUCCAGAACCAGGCAAAGUCGUAUCUGGCCGUGUCGAUAAGCUGAAAACUCAGCAAUGGACAGUGAGCAGUCCGAGGACAAAGGCCAAGAACAAGAGAAAUCGGGACAAGUACAAAGCCAAGAAGAGGGACGAAAGGCAUAAGCGUGAGCAGGCUCGAAAGAAGAAUCAUGAUGAAGAUGAGGAAAGUGAUGAGUGGGAUGCAUGGCACCAGGCCAAGGGACCAGACGUUCAAAAGGACGAUACCGUGGACCUGGAUUACUGA